UCCGAAAAACUCUUGACUAUAUAAACAAACAAACGCACCCCAAAGUGAAGGGAAGGAAAACACUCUUCCUUGCACAAAAUCCACACAUACAGGCACACCAAAACGACACACACCACAUCGUCGUUUCAUCCUCCCUCUUCUCCCUCCAUCGCCAGUGUUAGGGGUGGAAGGAAUUAUUGUGAAGAAAUGAGCGUUCAAGCUCAGAGAGACCGGAGGAGUAGGUCCAGAGUUCCGCCGCAAGGUGGUCCACGUCAAGAAUGGGUUCCCAGAGGAUCAUCUACCACUACUGCUGUUCAACCAUCAAAUUUGCAAUCUGAUCAAACUGCUGAUUCUGCUGGUAGUUCCAGUAAUGGUGCUGUUCCUGUUGCUGCUGCCACCGCCCCUGUUUCCACUGCCCCGCCUGCGGCGGUUCGCCAUAAUAGAAGCAAUCACGGGGCUGUGAAUCAGAGGAGGGAAGUGGAGAAAGGGAGGAGUAGUGGGAAUCAGGCUGGGAAGGGGUUGAAGAUGAGGGACUCUAGUUUGCCACAGUUGGUGCAGGAGAUUCAGGAGAAGCUCAUGAAAGGGACUGUGGAAUGCAUGAUUUGUUAUGAAAUGGUACGGAGGUCUGCCCUUGUUUGGUCUUGUUCGAGCUGCUACUCUAUCUUUCACCUCAACUGCAUCAAGAAGUGGGCUCGUGCGCCUACGUCGAUUGAUUUGUCAGCUGAGAAGAAUCAGGGCUUUAAUUGGCGGUGUCCUGGUUGUCAAUCGGUGCAGCUUACUUCGUCAAAGGAGAUUCGGUAUGUUUGCUUUUGUGGGAAAAGGGUGGACCCUCCAUCUGAUUUGUAUUUGACGCCACAUUCAUGUGGAGAACCAUGUGGGAAGCCUCUUGAGAAGGAGGUGUUCUCUAAUGGUGGGAGUAAGGAAGAUCGUUGCCCUCAUGUUUGUGUCUUGCAAUGCCAUCCUGGUCCUUGUCCUCCAUGUAAAGCAUUUGCCCCUCCGCGCUUAUGUCCAUGUGGGAAGAAGACAAUUACCACCCGUUGUUUUGAUAGGCAAUCUGUUCUUACAUGUGGCCAGCGGUGUGAGAAGCUUCUCGAGUGUGGGCGUCACCGAUGUGAACGCAUUUGUCAUGUCGGAGCUUGUGACCCAUGUCAGGUUUUGAUCAAUGCCUCUUGCUUUUGUAGUAAGAAGGUAGAGGUUCUUCCAUGUGGGGACAUGACUAUGAAGGGUGAAUUCACAGCAGAAGCUGGAGUUUUUACCUGUGGUUCCAAUUGUGGAAGGAAACUUAGUUGUGGUAAUCACAUGUGCAAUGAGAUUUGUCAUCCAGGAAGUUGCGGGGAGUGUGAUUUGUUACCAAGGCAUGUUAACACAUGCUGCUGUGGGAAAACAAAAUUGGAUGAGGAACGCAAAAGUUGUUUGGACCCAAUACCUACCUGCUCACAAGUUUGUGCCAAAUCACUUCCUUGUGGCACACAUCAUUGUAAAGAGGUGUGUCAUGUUGGGGAUUGUCCUCCAUGCUUGGUUCUUGUGUCCCAGAAGUGUCGUUGUGGUUCAACAUCCCGCAUCGUGGAAUGCUAUAAGACAACAGCGGAGAAUGAGAAGUUUACUUGUGAAAAGCCUUGUGGAAGAAAAAAGAAUUGUGGAAGACAUCGGUGUAGUGAACGGUGUUGUCUACUUUCUAAUCCCAAUAACAAUUUAAGUAGUGAAUGGGAUCCACACUUCUGUUCGAUGCCAUGUGAAAAGAAGUUAAGAUGUGGCCAGCAUGCUUGUGAAUCACUAUGUCACAGUGGCCAUUGCCCACCUUGUCUUGAAACCAUCUUUACAGAUCUGACAUGUGCUUGUGGUAGGACUUCAAUCCCUCCUCCACUCCCUUGUGGUACGCCACCUCCUUCAUGCCAGCUUCCAUGUUCAGUUCCUCAGCCUUGUGGCCAUAUAGCCUUGCACAGUUGCCACUUUGGAGACUGCCCUCCUUGUUCAGUUCCUGUAGCAAAAGAAUGUAUUGGUGGGCAUGUUGUUCUUAGGAACAUUCCUUGUGGUUCAAAGGACAUUAGAUGCAAUAAGCUAUGUGGGAAGACCAGACAAUGUGGCUUACAUGCAUGUGGGAGAACUUGUCACCCCCCUCCUUGUGAUAAUCUAUCUUGCAGUGUGCAAGGGUUACCAGCGCCUUGUGGGCAAACGUGUGGAGCUCCUAGAAGAGACUGUCGUCAUACAUGUACAGCUCCGUGUCACCCGUCCACUCCAUGCCCAGACGUAAGAUGUGAGUUUCCUGUUACAAUUACCUGUUCUUGUGGCCGUAUAACUGCAAAUGUUCCAUGUGAUGCUGGUGUCAGCAGUAGUAAUUAUAAUGCUGAUGCUGUACAUGAAGCUUCCAUCACUCAAAAAUUGCCUAUCCCACUACAACCAGUUGAUCCAAAUGGCAAAAAAGUUCCCCUUGGACAAAGAAAGCUGAUGUGCGAUGAUGAAUGUGCUAAGUUAGAGCGCAAGAGGGUUCUUGCUGAUGCUUUUGAUAUUACUACUCCAAAUCUUGAUUCUCUCCAUUUUGGCGACAAUUCUGUUGAUUUGAUUUCUGAUUUGUACCGGCGUGAUCCUAAAUGGGUUAUUUCUGUUGAGGAGAGAUGCAAAUUUUUAGUGCUUGGCAAAAGCAGAAGCACAACUCAUGGUUUAAAGGUCCAUGUUUUCUGUCCUAUGCUGAAGGAGAAAAGAGAUGCAGUGAGGGUAAUUGCAGAUAGAUGGAAGCUUGCUGUGAGUGCUGCUGGUUGGGAGCCAAAGCGUUUUAUCGUAAUUCAUGUUACCUCAAAAUCAAAAGCCCCAACCCGUGUGCUAGGGGUUAAGGGUACUCCAACUAUAAGUGCACCCCUUCCUCCUGCAUUUGAUCACAUGGUAGACAUGGACCCUAGGCUUGUUGUUUCAUUCCCUGACUUACCAAGGGAGGCUGAUAUUAGUGCUUUGGUGUUGAGAUUUGGUGGCGAGUGUGAGCUUGUUUGGCUGAAUGACAAAAAUGCCUUGGCUGUUUUUCAUGACCCUGCUCGAGCUGCAACGGCAAUGAGGAGGUUAGAUCAUGGUACAUUUUAUCAGGGAGCUGUUUCGGUUGUGCCCAAUGUUGGGGCAACUACCACAUCUUCAACUACAGGUGCCUGGGGAGCGGGGACAACGAAAGAAGGAGCACUAUCUGUGUUGAAAGGUAAUGCAUGGAAGAAAGCUGUGGUCCAAGAGUCCAGUUGGAGAGAAGAUUCUUGGGGCGAUGAAGAAUGGACUACUGGAUCUGCUAAUGUCCAGCAAUCUGCUUGGAAAAAAGAAGCACCAAUAGCUGCUUCUUUUAACCGUUGGAAUUUAUUAGACCAUGAGUCAGGUCAAAGUUCAUCUUCUACAAAUGUGAAAAAAGCAGAAGCUUCUGGGAAAAACACUGAAAGCAGUGCUGUCUUGAGGUUGGAGUCUCAUGCAGCUGGUUCAAAUGAACAAGGGAAACUUGGUGGGAACUUGGAUGCAACUGAAGCUUCUGAAGUAGUAGAUGAUUGGGAGAAGGCUUAUGAAUGAGAUGAAUAAAAAGUAUGGAUAGGAAGCAAAAAAAAAUUUAUUCUGUAGAAUCUUUUUUUUUUUCUUAAAAAAAAUUAUUCCAAAAGUAGACAUUGAUUACACGGUCUCUCUGCCUUGUGUUUUUUAAUCAAUUUUUGGCAGAGAGGAGCCAUAUUCCAUUUAGGUCAAUUCCCUUUAGUUCAAAGUGAAUGUAACCCCAUACCCAGAUGAGGUAUGAGGAUGUAGACAAUAGACUAUUUCAUUUUGUCAAGGCAACGCUCUUACGGAAGUGCAUUGAGAAUAA